AUGGCUUCUCCUUCUUCUACUUCAAAACGAUCCAGAAGUUCAGUGUGGACAUAUUUCAAUAAAGUAGAUGAUGACAAGAAUGCUGCUUGCCUAAUCUGCAAAAGCAAGUUAACAUAUUGUAAGAAUACAAGCAACUUACUAAAACAUCUCCAGACAAAACAUCAAAAAGAGUACCAGGAAUGUCUUGAGGAAAGGAAAGCAAAUGAGAAUCAAAAGAAGGCCAAACGUUCAGAAUCAUCCACGCCAGUUCAAACAAUACCUGAUAUGUUCCUUCAGAGCCAUCCAUAUUCCAGUGACUCUAUGAAAAAGAAGAAAAUAGAUGAUGCAGUUAUUGAAUUUAUUUGCAAAGAUAUGCAACCUACCUCUGUAGUUGAAGAUGCUGGUUUUAAGAAACUGGUCACUGUGCUUGACAAUCGUUAUCAAGUUCCUAGUCGGCGUACAAUAACAAGAGAAAUUCUACCAAAGAAGUAUGAAAGUACGAAAGCAAAGAUUGAGGAAGAGAUGAACACUGCUACUUCUGUUGCUCUUACCACAGACAUAUGGACAUCAUGCCAAACAAAAUCCUACUGUUGUGUUACAGCUCAUCUAAUAAAUGGAGACUGGGAGCUGAAGUCAUACCUUUUGGAAACCUUUCAUUUCUGCUUGGAUCACACAGCAGCCAAUAUUUCGAUAGAGUUACAACGAGUUGUUGAAAGCUGGAACAUACAAGAUAAAAUAGUAUGUGUGGUCACUGACUAUGCUGCUAACAUGGUGGCUGCUAUUUCAUCAACUCGUUGGCGUCAUCUACCAUGCUUUGCACACUCUCUAAAUCUUGUAGUCCAGAACUCAAUCAAGAGUGAUCCUGAGCUUUUUGCAAUACAAACAAAGUGUAAAAAUGUUGUUUCACACUUUCAUCGCAGUGUUAAAUCAACAGAGAAGCUAGGAGAGAUCCAACGCCAACUUUCACUCCCAGAGCACAAGUUGAUACAAGAUGUUUCCACUCAUUGGAAUUCAACUUACAUCAUGCUUGAACGUUUUUACGAGCAAUUUGAAGCAAUAACAAUGACUCUCUGUUUGGUGAAUCAAAAUGAUCUUUGCUUGAAAGCUGACAAGAAGGACACAAUUUCUAGAGCACUGCAACUAUUAAAGCCAUUUUUAGAAGCCACAGAGAACAUAUCAGGGCAAGCAUAUGUUUCUAUUUCAAUGAUAGUUCCUUUAACGAAAAUUCUUCAACAGCACUGUAGCUCACUUUAUAGAGCCAAUCCUUCCUCAGUACUUGCUGGAUCCCUGAACUCAGAACUGAAUAACAGGUUUACGUCUAUUGAGACCCACUAUGUCACAGCAGUUAGCACUCUACUUGAUCCGCGUUUUAAAAAAAUUUCCUUCGCUGACAAGACAGCCCUUAGCCACACAAUGAACAGAAUAACACAAGAGUUACAAACGGUUGUUCCCGAACCAUCAAUCAACUCAACUGAUCAGGAUUCUAGGUCACCUGACAUGGAAGAGGCCUCAACUGACAGUAUUUGGAACUCAUUUGACCAAAAGGCUAAGGAGUCACAAAUUCAUCGAACUUCUACUGUUGAGGCAACUAUAGAAGUCAGGAGAUACUUCGAGGAAGCCGUCAUUAGUAGAAAUAAAGAUCCUCUUGAAUGGUGGAAAGAAAACAGCUGUCGUUUCCCAUUGUUAAAAGUGCUAGCAAGACGUUAUUUAUGCAUUCCAGGUUCAUCUGUCCCUUCUGAAAGACUUUUUUCCCAGGCAGGAGUCCUAGUUUCUGAAAGAAGAAAUCGUAUCUCACCAAAGAAUGUGGACAUCAUUUUGUUUCUCAACCAGAACUUAUAG